UUUUUUUUUUUUGAGACGGAGUCUCACUUGUCCCCAGGCUGGAGUGCAGUGGCGAGAUCUCGGCUCACUGCAACCUCCGCCUCCCAGGUUCAAGCAAUUCUCCUGCCUCAGCCUCUCGAGUAGCUGGGACUACAGGCACGUGCCACCACACCCAGCAAAUUUUUGUAUUUUUAGGAGAGACAGGGUUUCACCAUGUUGGCCAGGAUGGUCUUGAUCUCUUGACCUCGUGAUCUGCCCGCCUCGGCCUCCCAAAGUGCUGGGAUUACAGGUGUGAGCCACUGCGGCCGGCACCCUCUUCCAUCUUAAUGGGAGUCCAGUUUCUGCAAGUUUGGGAAAAGCAGUUGUGUCUAUAGAAGCAGGAGUACAAACAGGAUUUGAGACCUGGGUCCAGGCACUGCUAGGUGUCAAAACUCUGUAAUCACUCUCACAUUCAAGGUCAUUGAUGUUGAGAGAGAAUACAUUCCUUUUCCAGUACUCAGUCUGUUCCUGUUACUUAGGUACAGUCUCCCAGCUGAAUCAAUAGAGUCGGUGAACUUUAUAGCUAGAAGGCUUAUGGAGAUCCUCUACUCCUAACACCCAUGUUAGAGGAACCUCAGAUACAACAUGCAGCCAUUUAUCUGAAGUCAUGUAGCCUAUUUAUAGAAAAACCUGAGUGAGAAUUUAGGGUUCUCAAUUCCUAAUCCAGUGACAUUUUUGGAUCACAACAAAAUUUCCCCUAGAUUGGCUCCUAGAGUCUGUAUGAGGGAGGUCCACAGAACUCAUGGCAUCCAGAUGGAUAAUGUGUUAAAGUAUUUUUUCUGUGAAUAUCUAUUUCAUUUUCCUAUUGAAUUCCACAUGUUAUCACUGUUUGUGAUAUGGCCUUAUGACAGAACUGUUACAUAUUAGCUUGUUUUUUUUUUUCUUUUUGAGACGGAGUCUCGCUCUGUCGCCCAGGCUGGAGUGCAGUAGCACGAUCUCGGCUCACUGCAAGCUCCGCCUCCCGGGUUCACACCAUUCUCCUGCCUCGGCCUGCCGAGUAGCUGGGACUACAGGCGCCGCCACCACGCCCGGCUAAUUUUUUGUAUUUUUAGUAGAGACGGGGUUGCUCCGUGUUAGCCAGGAUGCUUGUUUUUAAAGCUUCAGCCACUCAAGUAGUUUACGGGAUAAUACCCAAGUAUUUUCCUAAAGGAAAUUUGGGAACUUGUAGACCAGUAAAAUAUUGUUUUUGCCUUGAGCAUCUCUAUUGAAAUAAAUGCCACAUAUAGUACCAAUGUAGCCUCCUGAAGAUGGGAUUAAUGAGGGCUCAAACAUGUCCAUCCUCGAAUCUGCAGAGUGGCUGUAUUGCUAUUCUUCUACCUUCAUUCACUCUACUCAUUUUCACCAAAUUUGUGUUAGGAAGGAUAUGAUAAGACAUCUGCUUUUAAGGAUUCUAUAGACUGGUGAGGAAAAAAAGUUACAAUAAAAUGUGACAGCUAUAGUAGAGGUAUAUACAUAGUUCCAAGGGAACAGAAAACAGAGCAAUUGCCCAAGAGGCAUCAGAGAAGUGUGCAGAGAGGAAUUGACACUUACUUCAUUCAUUCAACAAAUAUGUGUCAAGUAUGAGUAUGUUGCCAAGCACUGUUCUAGAACAGUAAACAAAAACAAAGCCAUUGCUUUUAUGGAGCUCUUAUUGUAGUGCUUAUUCUCAGACACAGGCAAAAUAAAUAAAUAUAUAAUAUAGCAAGUGGGGAUGAGUGCUAAGAUGAAGAAAGCAGGGUAGAAGAAUAGAAGGUGGCCAGGAUGGGAAUGUGUGCUAUUUUAAGUAGAAUAACAUGAUAAUUAGGCAGAAACCUGAAAGUAGUGAGGGAGGGCAUCAUACUAUCUAAGAAGAGACUGUUCUAGGCAGACAGAAUAGCAAGGGCCAAGGUCCUGACGUGGAAGUGUGCUUAGUACAUACAAGAAACAAUGAAGAAGCCAGCGUGAAUAGCCCAGAGUGGGAAGGUGGACAGUCAUAGGAGAUGAGAUUAGAGAUAUACUGAGAUGGAGUGAGUAUAUCAGGUAGGGCCUUACAGACCACAGUAAAAACUUAGGAUUUAAUUCAAAAUUUGAUGGGAAGCCACUGGAGGAAUCUGAGCAGAAGAGUGGCAUAAUUCAAUUUAGGCUUUAGGGAGGUCAAUCCACCUGCUGGGCAAAUAGACUAGUAGGGGAAGGCUGUGGUCAGAGAAAUGGGUUAGGAGCUAGGGUAACAGCUCAGAAGAUAAAUAAUGAUGGCCUGAUCUAGGGUGGUAGUGGUGAAGGAGAUAAGACAUCUGAAUGACAAUUUGAGAAACUGGUGAGCAUUAAUGGAGAUUAGUAGAAAAUGAGAUUGAAGCAGUUAGCAGAAGUCAGAAAUAAGAAGUUUCUACUUUAUUUAUUAAGCACCAGAGAUUCCUAAACAAUCAGAGAUCAGGGCAAGGGUAAUAUCAGAUUUGAGGAAGAUUCUUCUUACUGUGGUAUAAAGAUUGGCCUGGGCUAGGGUGAGACUAGAGUCAAGAAACUACAAUCAAAUAAAUGCAAGUCAGAGGAUGAAGAUAGUGGUUUAAUAAUAACUGAAUUAUGGUUAAUAACCAGUUUGUUCUUCCAGAGUGCACUAACUUUUCACAUAGGAUGACAUUUUUGAGAUCAAUAGGUGAUGACAGUUUUCCAAUUUACACAUCAAACGAUGGCAGAAGACAGGCAGAGUCAGGAGGGAGGAAUGGUGCCACAGAGUGUUUAUGGGGCAGGCACAGAGCUCUUUCCCAAAGGGUAUGUGGUACCAUGCAGGGGGGAAUGCCUCCCCUGCAUGGCACCACAUUCCCAGCCCACACAGGCUGAGCAGGCUGAUGAGUAGGCAGCCUUUUAGAUGGGCUGGCUGUUCCAUGACACAGCUCAGCUGUGGGGCGAUGUCUUGAUGACUACAUGCAAAAUUCUGGGUCAAGCAUUUAAGAAACAAAGAAGAGAGUCACUUGUGAGCUGAACUAGCAUUUUACUGGAUGGCACAGCAAGUCAUUUCAUCUGUGAUUACUGUCAGAACAGAACUUGGUUCUGUUUGUGAAAUAAGUCAUCAGUUUAGGAGCAUUUCAGGGGCAUAGCCUGGAGUGGUUCUUGGGUGACUGAUUCACCAUAUGAGCUCUUUGAGGUUGGGGACUGUCUUAUCUUUGCUGUAGUACCAAGUGCAAGGCCUUGAACAACAGGCUGUCAAUAUACUCAUGUUGAGGAAAUAAAUGUGACCUAGAAGGACUAAGAUUCUUUGUCCCUCAGUGUUCCCACCUAUAAAUUGAGAAAAAAUGUGUAUUUGUACCUAUCAUACUUACAGGGAUGAAGUAAGAAUCCAAGUUCUAGUAAAUAUCUUUGAAAGGCGUUUCAAUACUCUGUUUUUCCAGGAAAACUGCUUUGUGGUACCAGUAUAUUGAAAGUAAAGAAACAUUAACUAGGCAAGCACUUAAGAGGUUACAUGGCAUGGAGGAAUAGUAUUGAAUUGUAAGUUUGCAUGACCAAAGACUAUUUAGAAUUUGCUGCUAACUCUCUAGGUUAUUCUGGUAAGCUGAUUUACAUUUCUUGGUCUCAACUUCAAUGUUUUUUUCUAAAAUUAACAGUUUAUGAUUAUAAUUAUUUUUUAUUGAAUUCCAUCAUUUCUAGAACAAAGUUCAAAUUGGGCUAACCAGAAUGUUUCCAAUUUUAGCAUAUCAUAUGUCCCUUAACUCCUCUGUAACUUAGUGUCUUCCUCAGAAAAGUAAUGCAAUGGACAGACCGAUCUUAAUGCUUCUUUUUGCUCUAAAAUUCUACAUGUCACACAAUAGGUAUGAAUCAAUGCUCCUUUCUAGCCUGCACUAGUUCAUAGAUUAAAAACGUCUGACUUGUACAUCCAAUUGGAAUUGUGUUAAAGUUACAGAUUAACUUUAGGAAAAGGACAUUUUUAUGAUGCUUCUUUUCUCAUCCAAAGACACAGUAUGUCUGACCAUUUUUUCAGACCUUGUUUUAAUGUCUACAAUAAUAUUUUACCAUCUAGCAAAGAUACUACAAAAGUCAAUAAAAAGUAUAUUUGAAAAAUAAAUGUUUUCGAAUAGGAAAAAUAAAUGAUUACAAAAUAUAAAAAGCUUUUUAGAAUAAAUUAAUGAGAGGGAUAAGCCACCAAAAGAAAAAAUGGGCAAAUAAUAUGGAUAGGCUAUUUGCAGAAGGGUAAAUCCAAGUAGCUGACAAACAUAUGGAAAAAAGUGCUCAAACUCAUUCAUAAAGAUUUUCAAAUUGAAGAUACAAUGAGGUACCUUUUUUUUUUUUUUGAGACGGAGUCCAGUCUCAGGCUGGAGUGCAGUCGCGUCGAUCUCUGCUCACUGCAACCUCUGCCUCCCGCGUUCAAGUGAUUCUCCUGCCUCAGGCUCCCGAGUAGACGGGACUACAGGCGUGCGCCACCACACCCAGCUAAUUUUUGUAUUUUUAGUAGAGACAGGGUUUCACCAUGUUGGCCAGUAUGGUCUUGAUGUCUUGACCUCGUGAUCCGCCCACCUUGGCCUCCCAAAAUGCUGGGAUUACAGGCAUGAGCCACCGCACCCAGCCACAAUGAGGUAUCUUUAUACCAUGGUUUCUUAUCUUUCUCACUAGUGGCACUCUGGGAUGGACAACUCUGUUGUGGGUGAUGCCUCGAGUAUAUUGCAGGAUAUUUAACAGAAUCCCUGGUUCUGCCCACAGAAGCUAGUAGCACCACCCGCCCCGCCCCCCCCCCACCAUUGUGACAAUCAAAAAUGUCUCCAAACAUUGCCAAAUGUCCCCUGUGGGACAAAAUCAUUACCGAUUGAGAACCACUGAUUUAUACCUAUUAGAUAAGCAAAAAUUGUAAAGUUUGAUUAUAACUGUAAUCAAGGAUGCAGUGCAGAAAGAAUGUUUUCAUAUAUUGCUAGUAAAAAUGUAAGUUAUUAAUGUAAAACAAUUGAGCAAUAUCUAUUAAAAUUAAAAACACAUAUACUCUUUAAACCAGAAAUACUACUCCUCAGAAUAAAUCCUUUUAAACUGAAAUUCAAAAUACAUAAACAUAUAUUGUACAAGGAUGUUAACUGCAGCAUCGUUGGCAGUGGCCAAAAACUAGAAACAGAAUGAAUAACCAUAAGUAGGGGCUGAAUAGCACACCCAUGCAAUAGGAUAUUAUGUAGGCAUUAGAAAGAAUUAGAGGUAUACCUUAACACAUGGAAUGUUCUUCAUGAGUUAUUCGUUAGUGAGAAAACCAAGAGCCAAAGUGUAUAACAUAGUUGUAUAAUACUGUGUAAUCUUACUUUUUGCAAAACACAUCCCUUCAUGCUUUUUUAUAUUACUAUAUAAAAAGUCUCUCAAUAUUCUAUUUACCCCUACUGAAUGGAAGAAAAUAUAUUUGCAAAUCAUAUCUGACAAAGGUCUAGUACCUAGAAUUUAUAAAGAACUCUUCUAACUCAACAACAAAAAGACAAACAACUGAAUCAAAGAGGGGCAAAGGACUUGAAUAGGCAUUUCUCCAAAGAAGUUAUAUGAUUGGCCAACAAAUACAUGAGAAGAUGCUCAACAUCAGUCAUUAGAGAAGUACAAAUCAAAACCACAAUGAGAUACCACUUCACACCCAUCAGGAUGGCUACUAUAAAAAGGAAAAUAAGUGUUGGCAAGGAUGUGGAGAAAUUGGAACCUUUGUACAUUACUUAUGAGAAUGUGAAAUCAUGCAGCCUGUGGAAAACAGUUUGGCAAUUUCUUAGAUAAACACAGAAUUACCAAAUGACGCAACAAUUCAACUCCUAGGUAUAUACCCCAAAGAAAUAAAAAUAAAUAUUCAAAUACACACUUGCAUACAAAUGUUCAUAGCAGCACUAUUCACAAUAGACAAAAGUAAAAAUAAUCCAAAUGUUAUCAAUUGAUGGAUAAACAAAAUGUUGUAUAUACACAUAUUACUUAGCCAUAAAAAGGAACGAAGUACUGAUACAUGCUACAAUGUGGAUGAAUCUUUAAAACAUUAAACUAAGUGAAAGAAGCUAGACACAAAAGGUCACAAAUUGUAUGUAACCUCCAGAAUAGACAAAUCCACAGGCAGAAAGCAUAUUAGUGUUUGCCAGGGACUAAGGGGAGGAGGGAACAGGGAGUGACUGCUUAAUGGGUAUCAGUUUCCUGUAGGGUGGUGAAAAUGUCUUGGAAUUAGACAGAAGUGAUGGUUUCACAAUAUUAUGAAUGUAGUAAUGCCACUGAGUUGUACACUUAAUUAAUGGUUAAUUUUAUGUUAUGUGAAUAUUGCCUCGAUUUAAAAAAUAUAUUCUAUUUACCUUUGUGUUAGAUUCCUAUUGCUGCACAACAAAUGAACAAAAAUUUAGCGGCUUUAAAAUAUUACCACAUCAGCUUAGCUCACAGUUCUGUAGAUCCAGGUGGGCUUGAGUGGAUUCUCUGCUUACGGUUUCGCAGGCCAAAAUUAAGAUGCUGACCCGGCUGGGCUCUUCUCGGAAGAAUCCCACUUCCAAGCUCAUUUAGGUUUUUAGCAGAAUACAGUUCCUUAUGAUUCUGGGACUGAUAUCCUGAUUCUCUGCUGGCUGUCAGCCAGGAGCCAGUUUCAGUUGCUAUAGGAUGCCCACAUUUCUUGGCAUGUAGCCCCCUCCAACAGCAGCACGUCAAAUUCUUCUCAUCCUUCAAAUCUCUCUGACUUCCUCUUCUGCUAUUAGCAGACGGAAAAUCUCUGCUUUUAAAGGGCUCUUGUGAUUAGAUUGGGCCCACCUGGAAAAUCUCACAUCUGUCAUAAAACGUAACAUAAUAACAGGAGUAUUGCCUCAUCAAAUUCAUAGGUUUCACCUCACACUCAAAUGGGUGGGGGUUAUACAAGGGCAAGCGUCACUGAGGAUCAUUCUUAGAAUUCUGCCUAUCGCAAUGACCUCUUAGACAAAAAUAAUAAGAAGACAUCUACCCAAUUCAAGGACAAUUACUGUUUAUACCCAACCUCAUUGCCUAUGUGAUUUAUACCAAGGAAAAGUUACAGAAGCAGUGAUUUACAGAUUAACGUGGUUCAGGUACCCAAGCCUCAGGGAAGGGAUGGAAAGCUGUUUUUGUUAUUGUUGUUUUGUUUUUUGAGACGAGUACUCGCGAGUCUCGCUCUCCGCUCACUGCAACCUCCGCCUCCUGGGUUCAAGUGGUUCUCCUGCCUCUGCCUCCCAAGUAGCUGGGACUACAGGCGUGCAUGCCACUAUGCCCGGCUAAUUUUUGCAUUUUUAGUAGAGACGUGUUUUCGCCAUGUUGGCCAGGCUGGUCUGAGACUCCUGACCUCAAGUGAUCUGCCCGCCUCGGCCUCCCAAAGUGCUGGGAUUACAGGAGUGAGCCACCGUGACCAGCCAGAAAGCUAUUUUUAAUAAGUAGGCUUCUCUUUCCGAGGCCUCUCUGGCUUGCUUUCUCUUUCUUUCUUCUCUUCUACUAAAGCACUGAAUGUAAAUACAAAGCAAUUGUCAAGAAGACCACCUGUUUUCUCUCUGUAGUCCUGAUAAGAAGGGUUGGAGUUUAGGGGACUAGAUAAUUGAAUAAUAUCGAUUAGCAGUCCUCAAACAUUUUGGUCUUAGGACCCUUGUUACUGAGGUGCCCCCAAAAAUCUGUUGUGUUUUGUGGGUUAUACCUAUUGAUAAUUGCCAUAUGGUAAUAAAUUAAACCUGGAAAGUCUUACAAACACAAGAAUAUACAAGCACGUAUUCUCUCAUCCUAUAAAGUGAUGAUGUCAUCAGACAUUAUAUAGCCUCUGGAGUGGAAAUGGAAAUAAAGACUUAGCAUGGUUAUGAAAAUAGUUUUGAACUCGUGGAACCUCUGAAAGGGUCCCAAGGACCCCCAGGGCUUCCUCGACCACACUUUGAGACUCACUGAGAUAUGUAAAUACUGCCAAUUGUAUUUCUUCACAGAUUAAUCAACUCACAGAUUUGGGUGCAUUCAUUUGUGCAGUCUUAGAAACAAAUCUUUCCCUUUACCAGUAUCUUAUUCCAUCUGGUAGACUCAUUUCUGCUGCUGAUGCUUGAAAAAAGUGUCAUUUGCUACCACAGGAGGAAAACGGUGCUAGAUGGAUCAUAACAUACAGCAAAGCAAGAUAGUUCCAAAAUGUUUCCAAGAGCUUCUGGCAGGAUCUGUCAUUCUACAAAUACUGCACAGGAAAAAUUGCUUUAAAUGCUGCAUCUUUGCAGUAGAAAGAUUAGGAUUGAGCCAGGCUGUGAGUCAAGCAGAAAAGGCACACAGAGGGGGAUGAAAGAAAGCACUGGAGAGUCUUGUCAUGCUUUGCCCUUGAAAACUAUGCCAAGACCUCUUUUUUGUUUUUAAAUGAAGAAAUCCAUCAUGUUUCGUGAUUGCUGUAAUGACUCAGGAUCUUCCACCUUCCUUUUAACUAUAAACCGUAGCGUAGUUAGGUGUUUGUUUUCUUUGUAUCAUGCUUGCAAAAAGUGACGAAAUAAAGUUAAAACCCUUUAACUGGGACUCCAUUACGGUUCCGCUGUUCAGUGACCAGCUUGUUCAUUAUUCUCACAAUAUUAUCUACUUUCUUCAUUUCAGUCUGUCUCUUAGAUCCUGGGCUUCUGAUGUCUUUCCAUGGCGGAUGAAUACAAUUUAAAACACGAAAGCUGCUGGAGGAAAGGUUUAACAUUCCCCCUCCCCAAGGUGAAAUCUUUGCCUGGCCUCAGUCACUAAGUCUCUCAGGAGCGGAAACUGAAUGGACAUUCCAGAGACGGUGAAUAAGAAUGAUAAACGGUGGUUGGGGAGAACAGCGCGUUUCUUCCAGCGGAGGACUAGGCCCACAGGACGCAUUCCCAACAGAUGAGCGGAGCCGACAGCAAGUGUGACACGAACGCUAGCUGGCCGCCUGACUAGAGAGCUCCGCCGCAAGCCGCCGCUUUUGGAGUGGAGUUCCACACGUCCUCCGCGCUUGAGUCCUGGGACGUCAGAGGCCUGGCGUGCUGCCACCGCCCCAGUUCACGUCGUGUGACCCACAACCAAUGGAAGAGCAGCCAAGUAUUCCCGGCGUCCGCUGUGAUUGGUUCUCGGAGUGGAGGCGGUGGCAGAGGGUGGGCCUUAAGACGGGUCUCCCUUAAACUGGGCGAUCAGGCGGCGACCCUAGAGGCGUCUGUAGGGUAAAGCUGGGGGUUCUGUAGCCGGAGGCGGCGGCGAGUCCAGAACGUCCUGGCCUUACAGGGAGAAGGCGUCACUCGCGGUUACAAGUGCUUGACCCUCACUCCAGUUGGCGGAGGAGGAGAAGGAAGGGGCCGGGCCGGGUCCCCUCCCCUCGCGCCCCGGAUGGAUGUGCCCGGCCCGGUGUCUCGGCGGGCGGCGGCGGCGGCGGCCACUGUGCUCCUGCGGACCGCUCGGGUCCGUCGCGAGUGCUGGUUCUUGCCCACCGCGCUGCUCUGCGCCUACGGCUUCUUCGCCAGCCUCAGGCCGUCCGAGCCCUUCCUGACCCCGUACCUGCUGGGGCCGGACAAGAACCUGACCGAGAGGGAGGUCUUCAAUGAAAUUUAUCCAGUAUGGACUUACUCUUACCUGGUGCUACUGUUUCCUGUGUUCCUUGCCACAGACUACCUCCGUUAUAAACCUGUUGUUCUACUGCAGGGGCUCAGCCUUAUUGUUACAUGGUUUAUGCUGCUCUAUGCCCAGGGACUGCUGGCCAUUCAAUUUCUAGAAUUUUUUUAUGGCAUCGCCACAGCCACUGAAAUUGCCUAUUACUCUUAUAUCUACAGUGUGGUAGACCUGGGCAUGUACCAGAAAGUCACAAGUUACUGUCGAAGUGCCACUUUGGUGGGCUUUACAGUGGGCUCUGUCCUAGGGCAAAUCCUUGUCUCAGUGGCAGGCUGGUCGCUGUUCAGCCUGAAUGUCAUCUCUCUUACCUGUGUUUCAGUGGCUUUUGCUGUGGCCUGGUUUUUACCUAUGCCACAGAAGAGCCUCUUCUUUCACCACAUUCCUUCUACCUGCCAGAGAGUGAAUGGCAUCAAGGUACAAAAUGGUGGCAUUGUUACUGACACCCAAGCUUCUAACCACCUUCCUGGCUGGGAGGACAUUGAGUCAAAAAUCCCUCUAAAUAUGGAGGAGCCUCCCGUGGAGGAACCGGAACCCAAGCCAGACCGUCUCCUUGUAUUAAAAGUACUGUGGAAUGAUUUCCUGAUGUGCUACUCCUCUCGCCCUCUUCUCUGCUGGUCUGUGUGGUGGGCCCUCUCUACCUGUGGCUAUUUUCAAGUUGUGAACUACACACAGGGCCUGUGGGAGAAAGUGAUGCCUUCUCGCUAUGCUGCUAUCUAUAAUGGUGGUGUGGAGGCCGUUUCAACCUUACUGGGUGCUGUUGCUGUGUUUGCAGUUGGUUAUAUAAAAAUAUCCUGGUCAACUUGGGGAGAAAUGACAUUAUCUCUCUUUUCUCUCCUGAUUGCUGCUGCAGUGUAUAUCAUGGACACUGUGGGUAACAUUUGGGUGUGCUAUGCAUCCUAUGUUGUCUUCAGAAUCAUCUACAUGUUACUCAUCACGAUAGCAACUUUUCAAAUUGCUGCAAACCUCAGCAUGGAACGCUAUGCCCUAGUAUUUGGUGUAAAUACCUUCAUUGCCCUGGCACUGCAGACGCUGCUAACUCUAAUUGUGGUAGAUGCCAGUGGCCUUGGAUUAGAAAUUACCACUCAGUUUUUGAUCUAUGCCAGUUAUUUUGCACUCAUCGCUGUGGUUUUCCUGGCCAGUGGUGCAGUCAGUGUUAUGAAGAAAUGUAGAAAGCUGGAAGAUCCACAAUCAAGUUCUCAAGUAACCACUUCAUAAUACACUGCUGAAGGGCUUCUUCUUAUAGCAAGAACUCUGCACAGCAACUGCCUGGAUGUAUUUGAUUUUUUAAAGUGUAGACAUAUAUUUAUGAAUGUGCAUUUCUUGACUUCACAGCAGCCACUUGACUAAUACCUUGUGUUCCGGGAAUAACAUGAUACUAUUCAGAGGAGCCAGAAGUAAAGUUUAUUUCAUGGAUUAUUUAUGAGAGCUAAUUUAAAGAUGACUUUUUUUCUGAUUCAAAAGUGAACUUGAUUUUAAAAACCAGUCAAGAGCAAUCAAAGCAGCACAUGGUGUUGUAUACUUCAUUAGCAAGUGAGUUUGGUGUUUUAUAGGUCGCAUAUGUUUGUAUCUACUUAGCCAGAUGCUUGGCCUGGUGGGACCAGGGCUUCACAAAGGCCACAAAAUGUUGCAAGUCAUGAUGGAUGGAAAUAUGUUCUAACAGCAUCUGCCUCUAUUCAAUUUAAUUCUUAUUUCUGUGUUACUCAUGUACAUUGGUCUUUCUACAUAGUUAUUCUAUCACUGGCAAUAUUUGUUCUGGUUUAGUGUUCUGUAUCUUAAGCUGUACGUAUCAUUUCUAAUUUUAAGUUAUUUUUAAAAAAUUCAUCGUAUGAAUGUUCUUGGUUCCCAUUGUGACGAUUAUGUAUUUCUGUAAAAUUUGUUUAGAAGUACGUUUUUGCAUUAUUCAUAUGCUUCCCAGAGAAGCUCAUUUAGUUAGAAAAUAAGGCAAGUUUUGAAGCCUGCUAAAUGAAGAGACUUAAGAAAGCUUAAGGUACGCUUGCUUGUCUUUAAAUCUUCAAUAUGAAGGACUAUUAAUUCCAAGAUUAAAAGUUCAUAUAUAGGCUAAAGAUGUAACUAGGCCAUUUGUAUUUGCAUUCCCUUUUAUUUCCAAAAUAAAAUGGAAAAUCUUUUUUUAAUAAUUUCAUCCCUAUUUAUAGUUUUUAUAUUAAUUUGUUUUUCUUAUCCAAGUAAAGAUGUCAUAGGAAUUGCAUUAGUCCAAGGCCUUUUUCAUAAACUGAGCCUCUUUUCAAUUAUUUCAAUGGGACAGGAACUAGGAUAGAUGUGAUUCCUGCAUUUUUUACCUUAAAUCUGCCUUAGUUUCUAAAGGUAGAUCAUCUUGAAUAUUUGCUUAAAAUUGCUAGUGAUUUCAUUACCAAGUUACUUGAAAAAAUGUUCUAUAUGCAUUUAAUUCUGAAAUCAGUCUACCAAGGGGCUGCUAGUAUAUGUCAGACAUGAAAACUAUUUUAAAGCUGACUUUGUUGCCUUAUCUUGAAAAGAAUCUAGAUAGGUGCUUUUAACUGGGGUAUUAAGUUUUUUAGAAUGACACAGCUGAACAGUGUUAAUAAUAGUGUGUCAAGAUUGCAAAGUCGACAUACUCAUUUGGUUUAAGCAGGAAUCCUAGAAGCAAAUGGAUGGGGAUAAGAAUAGGUCAUUUUCUAUUCACCAUCCUUUACUAUUAAGGGAAAGGAAAAGAACACUAGCUAAGGAAGGGAAAGGGAAGUGAUAUCAUAAAAGUAGCAACCUUCAUUUUACAUUCUGUCUGUUUUUCUUUUUUUGCUUUGUUUUGUUUGUGCUAAUUUUGGAAUUGUGUACUCCGAAACAAGUAGAAAAGUGCUGUUUGAGGGAUUUUAUUAAAUCUUUUUUUAAUGGAAUGUGGUACAAAUUGUUCAUGUUACCAAAGCAAUAUUUCCCUGGAAUUUAAUUCAAAGUUUGUGGCAUACAACCUGAGCCUUUUCUUAUAUAAGACAAGAAUAUGUUCACAUCUUGGUAUGUGGCCAUAUUUGUAGAAUGCUGAACUCAAUGUGCAAGUUGUACUGUAUGCAGUUUUGCAAAUCAGUGAAAAUAAUUUGUUGUACUUUUUAUUCAAUUCUGUAUAGAUUAUAAAAUUAUUUUUAUUAAAUAAAUAUUUUACAGUA